AUGACUUCUAAUGCAAGAAAUUCAUACGUAACUUUACUCCAUAAAGCUGUGGAUGAUAAUAACUACAAAGAAGCUAAAAACUUAAUCAACCUCGGAGAGAACGUAAAUGCAAUGUGUUACUACCACCUAAAAAAAUACAAAAUUAAUAUAAAUUGUACUGCGUUACACCUCGCGGUCUGCAGAAGAAACAAGAAGAUCAUGGAACUCCUCUUAAAGAACAACGCAGAUGUCAACAUCGAAGCUCAUUGUCCUGAUACUGAUGACCAUAAUUGCUCAAUAAUGAGAAAUUAUUUAAGUCGCACGCCUUUGCUGCUCGCGAUCGCCAAAGAAAAUAAAGAAAUGGUAGAAUUGCUGAUCAAGUACAACGUAGAUGUAAAUUUAAAAACUUCUACUGGAGAAUCUGCGCUCGGCUUAGCUCUGAAGGGUAACGAAGAGGAAUUGAUCGAAAUUUUAUUAACCGCGGGUGCAGAUAUUGAUUUGCGUUCCCAAAAUCUCUUUUCUGUUGUCGCCAGGGGGGAAGACGAGACUAUCGUCAAGAUACUGAUCCAACAUAACGCGGAAGUUAAUCUUCCGAUUACGACUCAAAAAACUCCGCUAGGUAUCGCUAUAUACAAGAAAAAUAUAGGCUUGAUGGAAUUAUUAAUUCACGCAGAUGCUCAUGUCAAAUCAAUAAAUUCGGGUAAUGUGUCGCCGCUAUAUCUGGCUAUGUGUACAGGAAAUGUACAAGUUAUGGAAUUUCUUCUCGAUCACGGUGCUGAUUUUGGUAAUAUUGUGAAGUUUAGAGGAUAUUCACUUUGUCUUGAAAACUUUGGUAAUAUUGGGAGAAAUGUUACUGAGCGACAUACUGUCAAACUGAAAGCCCUUAGCUUAUUCCCAGGCCCUUAUUCUGGACAUAAGUUAGCCAUGAAAUUGACUCAUGUUAGUGAGGAUAAUUUAGCACUUUUGAAGAAAAAAGCUAAAUUAACUUUUCCGUUGUAUGGAGAGUUGAUUAAGCAUCAUCUAAUCAAAGCAGCCUGA